AUGCGUGCCCCAGUCAGACUGGUGGGUGGAAAUGAUUUGUGCUCUGGCAGAGUGGAGAUCUACAAUGAUGGCCAGUGGGGAACAGUGUGUGAUGACUCCUGGGACCUAAAUGAUGCUGAGGUGGUGUGUAGACAGGUGGGCUGUGGCAGUGCUCAGGCUGCUCCAGGCAGUGCCCAUUCUGGAGAGGGCAGCGGGCCCAUCUGGUUGGAUGAUGUGAGGUGUUCUGGAAAUGAAUCCUCCCUGUCAGAGUGUAGACACUCUGGGUUUGGGUCACAUGACUGUACUCACCCAGAAGAUGCUGCUGUGGUUUGCUCAGGGGCUGAUCCAAAACUCAGACUGGUGGGUGGAAAUGAUUUGUGCUCUGGCAGAGUGGAGAUCUACAAUGCUGGCCAGUGGGGAACAGUGUGUGAUGACUCCUGGGACCUAAACGAUGCUGAGGUGGUGUGUAGACAGGUGGGAUGUGGCAGUGCACAGGCUGCUCCAGGCAGUGCCCACUCUGGACAGGGCAGCGGGCUCAUCUGGUUGGAUGAUGUGAGAUGUUCUGGAAAUGAAUCCUCCCUGUCAGAGUGCCAGCACUCUGGGUUUGGGUCUCACAACUGUGGUCAUCAUGAAGAUGCGGCUGUGGUUUGCACUGCCGGUGGCCAGGUCAGACUGGUAGGUGGAGAUGAUCAGUGCUCUGGCAGGGUGGAGAUCUACAAUGCUGGCCAGUGGGGAACAGUGUGUGAUGACUCCUGGGACCUAAACGACGCUGAGGUGGUGUGUAGACAGGUGGGCUGUGGCAGUGCUCUGUCUGCUCCAGGCAGUGCCCACUCUGGACAGGGCAGCGGGCUCAUCUGGUUGGAUGAUGUGAGCUGUUCUGGAAGUGAAUCCUCCCUGUCAGAGUGCCAGCACUCUGGGUUUGGGUCUCACAACUGUGGUCAUCAUGAAGAUGCUGCGGUGGUUUGCUCUGCCGGUGCCCAGGUCAGACUGGUAGGUGGAGAUGAUCAGUGCUCUGGCAGAGUAGAGAUCUACAAUGAUGGCCAGUGGGGAACAGUGUGUGAUGACUCCUGGGACCUAAACGAUGCUGAGGUGGUGUGUAGACAGGUGGGCUGUGGCAGUGCUCAGGCUGCUCCAGGCAGUGCCCACUCUGGACAGGGCAGCGGGCCCAUCUGGUUGGAUGAUGUGAGGUGUUCUGGAAACGAAUCCUCCCUGUCAGAGUGUAGACACUCUGGGUUUGGGUCACAUGACUGUACUCACCCAGAAGAUGCUGCGGUGGUUUGCUCUGGUCCAGCUUCCGGUGCCCAGGUCAGACUGGUAGGUGGAGAUGAUCAGUGCUCUGGCAGGGUGGAGAUCUACAAUGCUGGCCAGUGGGGAACAGUGUGUGAUGACUCCUGGGACCUAAACGACGCUGAGGUGGUGUGUAGACAGGUGGGCUGUGGCAGUGCUCAGGCUGCUCCAGGCAGUGCCCACUCUGGACAGGGCAGCGGGACCAUCUGGUUGGAUGAUGUGAGCUGUUCUGGAAGUGAAUCCUCCCUGUCAGAGUGCCAGCACUCUGGGUUUGGGUCUCACAACUGUGGUCAUCAUGAAGAUGCUGCGGUGGUUUGCUCUGGUAGGAAAUAUUUUUCCGGUGCCCAGGUCAGACUGGUAGGUGGAGAUGAUCAGUGCUCUGGCAGGGUGGAUAUCUACAAUGCUGGCCAGUGGGGAACAGUGUGUGAUGACUCCUGGGACCUAAAUGACGCUGAGGUGGUGUGUAGACAGGUGGGCUGUGGCAGUGCUCAGGCUGCUCCAGGCAGUGCCCACUCUGGACAGGGCAGCGGGCUCAUCUGGUUGGAUGAUGUGAGCUGUUCUGGAAGUGAAUCCUCCCUGUCAGAGUGCCAGCACUCUGGGUUUGGGUCUCACAACUGUGGUCAUCAUGAAGAUGCUGCGGUGGUUUGCUCUGCCGGUGCCCAGGUCAGACUGGUAGGUGGAGAUGAUCAGUGCUCUGGCAGGGUGGAGAUCUACAAUGCUGGCCAGUGGGGAACAGUGUGUGAUGACUCCUGGGACCUAAACGACGCUGAGGUGGUGUGUAGACAGGUGGGCUGUGGCAGUGCUCAGGCUGCUCCAGGCAGUGCCCACUCUGGACAGGGCAGCGGGACCAUCUGGUUGGAUGAUGUGAGCUGUUCUGGAAGUGAAUCCUCCCUGUCAGAGUGCCAGCACUCUGGGUUUGGGUCUCACAACUGUGGUCAUCAUGAAGAUGCUGCGGUGGUUUGCUCUGCCGGUGCCCAGGUCAGACUGGUAGGUGGAGAUGAUCAGUGCUCUGGCAGGGUGGAGAUCUACAAUGCUGGCCAGUGGGGAACAGUGUGUGAUGACUCCUGGGACCUAAACGACGCUGAGGUGGUGUGUAGACAGGUGGGCUGUGGCAGUGCUCAGGCUGCUCCAGGCAGUGCCCACUCUGGACAGGGCAGCGGGCUCAUCUGGUUGGAUGAUGUGAGCUGUUCUGGAAGUGAAUCCUCUCUGUCAGAGUGCCAGCACUCUGGGUUUGGGUCUCACAACUGUGGUCAUCAUGAAGAUGCUGCGGUGGUUUGCUCUGGUAGGAAAUAUUUGUCCGGUGCCCAGGUCAGACUGGUAGGUGGAGAUGAUCAGUGCUCUGGCAGGGUGGAGAUCUACAAUGCUGGCCAGUGGGGAACAGUGUGUGAUGACUCCUGGGACCUAAAUGACGCUGAGGUGGUGUGUAGACAGGUGGGCUGUGGCAGUGCUCAGGCUGCUCCAGGCAGUGCCCACUCUGGACAGGGCAGCGGGCUCAUCUGGUUGGAUGAUGUGAGCUGUUCUGGAAGUGAAUCCUCCCUGUCAGAGUGCCAGCACUCUGGGUUUGGGUCUCACAACUGUGGUCAUCAUGAAGAUGCUGCGGUGGUUUGCUCUGGUAGGAAAUAUUUUUCCGGUGCCCAGGUCAGACUGGUAGGUGGAGAUGAUCAGUGCUCUGGCAGGGUGGAGAUCUACAAUGCUGGCCAGUGGGGAACAGUGUGUGAUGACUCCUGGGACCUAAAUGACGCUGAGGUGGUGUGUAGACAGGUGGGCUGUGGCAGUGCUCAGGCUGCUCCAGGCAGUGCCCACUCUGGACAGGGCAGCGGGCUCAUCUGGUUGGAUGAUGUGAGCUGUUCUGGAAGUGAAUCCUCCCUGUCAGAGUGCCAGCACUCUGGGUUUGGGUCUCACAACUGUGGUCAUCAUGAAGAUGCUGCGGUGGUUUGCUCUGGUAGGAAAUAUUUUUCCGGUGCCCAGGUCAGACUGGUGGGUGGAGAUGAUCCGUGCUCUGGCAGAGUGGAGAUCUACAAUGAUGGCCAGUGGGGAACAGUGUGUGAUGACUCCUGGGACCUAAACGAUGCUGAGGUGGUGUGUAGACAGGUGGGCUGUGGCAGUGCUCAGGCUGCUCCAGGCAGUGCCCACUCUGGACAGGGCAGCGGGCUCAUCUGGUUGGAUGAUGUGAGCUGUUCUGGAAGUGAAUCCUCCCUGUCAGAGUGCCAGCACUCUGGGUUUGGGUCUCACAACUGUGGUCAUCAUGAAGAUGCUGCGGUGGUUUGCUCUGCCGGUGCCCAGGUCAGACUGGUGAAUGGAGAGGGUCAGUGCUCUGGCAGGGUGGAGAUCUACAAUGAUGGCCAUGCCAGCACCCUGGGUUUGGGUUACAUGACUGUGGGCAUCAUGAAGAUGUUGCUGUGA